UUUUAAUAUUUUUUUAACUGAGCUAAUUCUUUUUUACUAUAUUGUGUUGCAACCAAAUGGAAUCUUUUAUUUAUUUUUGCUUAUAUUUAAAAUGUUUUAAAUAUCUCAUGCUUUUAUUUAAUUACUUCUGGCCGUAUUUUUAUAUAUUAUUUAUAUAUUUUAUAUUUAUAUUUUUAUUCACGUAUUUAAUCGUUUAUUUAUUGAUUAACCAAUUUGUUAACUGGUUAAUUUAGAUAGCCACCCGUCCUCCUGAUAUUUGUAACUAUUAUUCACUUGUAUGUUUUAUUGUGUUUUAAAUAGUUUAGUGUUUCGGACCCGAGGUUGUUUUUUGUUUUUUUGUUGUUGUUGUUUUUUUUGUUUGUUUGUUUCUUCGGAGAUAUUUGCUAGAAUUUAAACAGCAUAUUGUUUUUCUUUUUUUCUUUUUUCUUUAACUGUAUUUAUUAGUGACACAGGAGGAGAACCCGGUGCUGGUCUGAUCAAACACAGUGACACUUUAUGGUCAAGCUACCGUGAUCAGUAACAGAACCAUGACUUGCGUCGUUGUACCGCAGCACCUGUUACAUCUGUUUGUCUGCAGUCCUCUAUGAUUUGAAAAGCCGUUAUCACAAUGAUCAGCAUCCAAUGUGAUGUCCGACUGCGGCAUUUCCUGCCUAAUAACAUUACACUGAAGUCAAUGAGCUCCGGUGCUGGUGACGCGCAGGGCAGAUUGCUUUCCUGUUGCACUGACAAUACAGACGUGAUCGCAAUAUUAUGCGGCCAAAAAUAUCUAUCUGUUAAUAUGCGAUAACAAUUACAACUCCUGGCCAAUUCUGUAUGAUUUUAUUGUAGUUUUUACGCCUCUUUGCCAAAUAACAACGCGUAAAAGUUGGCUCCAUUUUGUGCCAACGCCUCCAAAAAUGUCUCUGUGUCGUUUAUUUCAUUUACAGAGCGGUGAUUCCACAGAGCAUGGCGCACCCCCUGAAAACCUUGACACGUUUUUCUCUGUAAUGUAAUUGGAUGAUAAGUGUGCGUGUCUACGUUUGAGCCCGGAGCCAAAACGCUUGCGCGGCCUUUCUCUUUGGAGUCCAUCCUCGUCACAGCCCCCGGAGGUUUCAUCUCAAAUCCCAUUUGCUAUUUUACCUGCCCAAUAGCAGCAACCGAGCGCGUUUUAACUUGUAUGCCAUCGUUUAGUCCUAUACCAUUAGAGCUACAGUCAGGACGCAGGGACCUUUAAGCUCCGGCCGACCGUCUGAUCAGCAGGUGGACGAGACUUCGACCGACUUUUACAGUCACCUCUUUCUCAUUUUUUACACGGAGAAGCUCUUGACCUAAGGUUUUUCAUGGUGAUCCACACCGCACAGUAAACGGUGAUGGCAGACUCUCAUGCGCAAGAGACUCGCCCAAACGCAAAAGACUCGCCGUUCUCCAUUAAGAACUUACUAAACAUCGAAGACAAACCAUCGAAGCCGAAGAGUCUUCUGGCCUCGGGGAGAGGAGUAUUUGAAGGUGGUCUUUUCUCUCGCCUGGGUGACUUACCUUUUCCCAGGUUUGAGCUGCCAACCCAGAGGAUUGGACUGCCUGGACAGUAUCUGGACAGAGCGUCCGCCUGGUGGUACCCAUACACACUGGGAGCGCAUCUAAGAACUGCCGUGCCUGAGAAGACCAAUCCGAGAGAAGCGUCUCCAGAACCGGACCGGCGCUCUCCGGACCUGCAGAAAUGUGACCAAGAUGUCAAAGAGGAAAGCACCGAAGAAGACAUCACCUUGGAUGAAAGUGACACAGAAGAACCAAAGCAAGACGCAGAAAACGGUGAAGACUGGAGGAAAAAAACUGAGGAGCUGGACCCUGAGAGGAAGCCCUGUCGGAAGAAAAAGACGCGCACAGUGUUUUCCAGGAGCCAGGUUUUCCAGCUGGAGUCCACCUUCGACAUCAAGCGCUACCUGAGCAGCUCGGAGCGGGCGGGCUUGGCCGCAUCCCUGCACCUGACCGAGACACAGGUCAAAAUCUGGUUCCAGAACCGCAGGAAUAAGUGGAAACGGCAGCUGGCUGCGGAGCUGGAGGCGGCCAAUCUGAGCCACGCGGCGGCGCAAAGGAUUGUGCGGGUUCCCAUACUUUACCAUGAGCAUGGAGCCGCAGAAUCCAGCGGAGGGGCCGCGGCAAAUUCACCGGGGAGCCAGUCUCUGCUGGCGUUUCCCCAUCACAUGUACUUUUCCCACCCGGUGCCUCUGCUCAGGCCCGUUUAACACUGAACUGACUGGGUCCUCAAUACUGAGCUGCUGUACAUAUGUUUUUAAAUAAAAGUG